AUGUCGAAAUCCAAGCAGAUAUUUGGAGACCUUAAGAAUAUAGCAAACUCUAAAAUACCUUUGGUAUACAAAACCUCCCCUCAAAACCUAUUCAAUAAUGCCAAAGUACCAAAACCAUUGGAUAUAGUACACCCUUAUCUUAAAAUUAGUGAUGUUGAGAUGGUUGUCAAUGCAAUGAGCUCAGAAAGAUUCCCUAUGGGGCUCAAGGUACCGGUACGGUCGGAACAAGGUAAGUUUGAGAACGUAUUUGUUGGGAAAUACGAGAUCAAACCUUUGAGAUUCACUAGUAAUACCACCAACAAAAUUAACUGGAUGAGGGGAGUUAACGAGAGCUCAGAAUUCCAAAAUAUUGAAACAUCAAGAAGAUUGACUGAUGAUGAUGUGGUGGUAGUUGGGGAGACCCUUGUGAAUGAAGAAAGUAAACAAGCGAUUUCUGAAUUCUAUCAAAAGAUUGGGCCUGCGGUCACCGUUGAACAGUUCCAACAGUUUUUACUCAAGGAUUUGAAGUUAAAUAUAACAUCGGAUAAGAUCAAUCAGAAUGCUUUACAGUUGAUCAGAAGCUCUCCUGCGGAAUACAACACGGUGAUUGCAUUGAUAUCCUUAUCUAAAAACCUCUUGCAAGACCAGGCUAGCGCCCAUUCAGUCGCAAUAUCAACAUAUUAUUCAAGUUUAUUUGUCAGCGAAUUAUCAACGAAAAUCCAAAAAGUCUACAGACAAUGGCCAAUCAAACAAUCUAAGGCCGUCAUUAAAGCAUUUUCGGAACUCGUCGAUGUUCUUGCAAACGCCUCUCAAGGAUUCCACUCCGGGUACUCCAUGAACUUGCUCAGCCAAUUAUUUUCAGUUCAUACCAAGUUAUAUGAUUUAAAGAAAGCACAGAUUUACUUGAACAUCUUGUUGAAAAACCAAUUCUUGCCAACAGAAUCAAGUUUCACAGAAUAUGUUGUGAAAUCAUGCCUUGAUCAGAGAUGUUAUAAGUAUUUGGCCGGCUUGAAAAAUCUAUUGUUGAGAAGCGCUAACUAUAAAAUUAUUAAAGCUCUAGCUUCACAUUCAUCUAAUUUGGAAGAAUUGCAAAGUUUAUUAGUAUUUAUCGAUCAAGUACCAAAUGAAGAAACUAAAAAUUCAAUCUACCUCCACUGUUCAUCCUUUUUGCUCAAGAAGGCUGCAAAGUUGGCCAAAACUGCUGAGAAACUACAAAACAUCACAGUUAGAGUACAGCAACACAAUUUCCCGAUUAGCGCUGAUGCUUGUGAAGCUAUUGUUAGUAGUUUUAUACAAACCAAAGGCUUUAUUUUUGCUGCCCACUACCUACAGAAAUUCUCAAUAGACUCUAAGAAUGCAUUGGAAAAGUUCUUGAAUCAAACAACCCAGUUGGAGGUAAAUAGUGAUUUGAAAGAACAAUUCAUCAAUAUUUUAAAAAACAAGAUAUCCUCAAUAGCAUAA